AUGGCCCAUGGCCGCAUGUGCUUCCAGCGCUCGGCGCUCGCAUGGUCGGGCGAGCUUGGCCCUCCGCACGUGCAUCCAGCGAGUGGCCUCUCGAUGUUCCACGCGUGGAUCCGGCCCCGUGUGUCUCCAGCUUCCUGGCACGUCUGUGCCGACCUUUUCCCUCUGCCCGACAGGCCAGUGGAGGAGGUGAGGCGCUCGCAGCGGCUCGCGUCCUCCACGGUUGGCCGCUCCUCCGGAGCGGGUGCGCGCAGGCUGAGUUCGGCUGGCCAGGUGCUGGGCAACUCCUUCGUCUCGAAGCGGGGAAACUCCUUCACCGCGAACCGUUAG